GUGGCUGUGCUCAGCCCGAACGUGCCGGCGAUGUACGAGCUGCACUUCGCCGUGCCCAUGGCCGGCGCCGUCCUCUGCACGUUCAACACGCGCCACGACGCGCCCAUGGUGUCCGCCCUGCUCAAGCACUCCGGCGCCAAGGUGUUCCUCGUCGAGUCCAGCCUCCUCGACGUCGGGAGAGCCGCCCUCAAGCGCCUCGCCGACUCAGAGCCCGGCGCCGCCAGCAUUCCGGUCCUCGUAACCAUCUCGGACGACGCCGGCCAAGACUCCGGCCGGGCGGCGGACUACGACUACGAGGGUCUCAUAAAGAGCGCUCCGUCUGAGUUUGACAUCCGGUGGCCCGCGGACGAGCUGGACCCGAUCACGCUCAACUACACGUCCGGCACGACGUCGCGGCCCAAGGGCGUGGUGUACAACCACCGCGGCGCCUACCUCAACACCAUCGGCACCGUCCUCGCCUACGACAUCACCCCGAUGCCGACCUACCUGUGGACGGUGCCCAUGUUCCACUGCAACGGCUGGCACCUGCCGUGGGGCGUGGCCAUGCAGGGCGGCACCAACGUCUGCCUCCGCCACUUCACCGCCGCCCUCAUCUUCGACAGCAUCGCGCGCCACGGGGUGACGCACAUGGGCGGCGCGCCCACGGUGCUCAACAUGAUCGUCAACGCGCCGGCCGCGGACCGGAGGCCGCUGCCGGGCACGGUGCGCGUCAUGACGGGCGGCGCGCCGCCGCCGCCCCGCGUGCUUGCCGGGAUGGAGGAGCUUGGCUUCGCGGUGUACCACAUCUACGGCCUCACGGAGACGUACGGCCCGGCCACCGUGUGCACGUGGAUGCCGGAGUGGGACGCGCUGCCGGCGGAGGAGCGCGCGCGGCUCAAGGCGCGGCAGGGGUUCCAGCACGUCGCGAUGGAGGAGGUCGACGUCAAGGACCCGACGACCAUGGAGAGCGUGCCGCGCGACGGCGAGGCGGUGGGCGAGGUGAUGUUCCGCGGCAACACCGUCAUGAGUGGAUACUACAAGGACAUCACCGCCACCAAUGAGUCCAUGGGCGGCGGGUGGCUGCACACCGGCGACCUCGCCGUGCGGCACCCGGACGGGUACAUCCAGCUCAAGGACCGGGCCAAGGACAUCAUCAUAUCAGGCGGCGAGAACAUCAGCUCCAUCGAGGUGGAGUCGGUGAUCUUCAGCCACCCGGCGGUGCUGGAGGCGGCGGUCGUGGCGAGGCCCGACGACCACUGGGGGGAGACGCCAUGCGCGUUCGUCAAGCUGAAGGACGGUGCUAUUGCCACGGAGGCAGAGAUCAUCGGUUUCUGCCGGGAGAGGCUGCCGCACUACAUGGCGCCGAAGACCGUGGUGUUCGAGGACUUGCCCAAGACCUCGACGGGGAAGACGCAGAAGUUUGUCCUCCGGGAGAAGGCCCGGGCCAUGGGCAGCCUGACCAAGACCGGAAACAGCAGCAAAUUGUGA